CCGGAAGCGGCGGGGCCGGCGGCAGCGGCAGCGGCAGCGGGCCGGGCAUGGCGGGCGCGGCGGCGGCGCGGCUGCGGGCCGAGAUCCGCCGGCGGGAGCGCGAGCUGCGCGGGCUGCGGGAGCGGCUGGCGGCGGAGCUGGCGCGGGGGGACACGGCCGAGCAGGAGGAGGACGGAGAGCAGCAGCAGGAGCAGGGAGCCUGCGGGGCGCGGCAGCCCCCGGCCAGCGAGCUGGCGCGGGGGGACGCGGGGGAUGCCGAGGAGGAGGACGGAGCCCGCGGGCUGCGGGAGCGGCUGGCGGCCGAGCUGGCGCGGGGGGACUCGGGGGAUGCCGACGAGGAGGAUGAUGAUGACGAGGAGGAGGAGGGAGCCCUCGGCUUCCCCGCGGAGCUGCCGCCGCUGCCGGCGCGGUCGGCGCUGAGCGCGGCCGAGAUCCUGCGGUACAGCCGGCAGCUGGUGCUGCCCGAGCUGGGCGUGCGGGGGCAGCUGCGCCUGGCGCGGAGCUCCGUGCUCGUGGUGGGCUGCGGCGGGCUGGGCUGCCCGCUGGCGCAGUACCUGGCGGCGGCCGGCGUGGGCCGCCUGGGGCUGGUGGAUCACGACGUGGUGGAGACGAGCAACCUGCAGCGGCAGGUGCUGCACGGCGAGGCGCGGCGCGGGCGGCCCAAGGCGCGCUCGGCGGCCGCGGCGCUGCGGCGGCUGAACUCGGCCGUGCAGUACGUGCCGUACCGCGGGGCGCUGCGGCCGCGCUCCGCGCUGCGCCUCGUGCGCCAGUACGACAUCGUGGCCGACUGCUCCGACAACGUCCCCACCCGCUACCUGGUGAGCGAUGCCUGCGUGCUGGCCGGCAAGCCGCUGGUGUCCGGCAGCGCCCUGCGCCUCGAGGGGCAGCUCGUGGUGUACAACCACGGCGGAGGGCCCUGCUACCGCUGCCUGUUCCCCGAGCCGCCGCCGCCCGACACCGUCACCAACUGUGCCGACGGCGGCGUGCUGGGCGUCGUCACCGGCAUCAUCGGCUGCAUGCAGGCGCUGGAGGUGCUGAAGAUCGCCUCGGGAAUGGGCUCCUCCUUCAACCGCUACAUGCUGAUGUUCGAUGCCCUCGAGGGGAGGUUCCGCAACAUCAAGCUGCGGCCGCGGAAAGCGGACUGUGCCGUGUGCGGGGACAACCCCAGCAUCACCUGCCUGCAGGAUUACGAGGCGUUCUGCGGCUCCUCGGCCACGGACAAGUGCAGGGCUCUGCAGCUGCUGCCCGCCGGGGACAGGAUCUCUGUGCAGCGCUACAAGGAGCUGCUGGAGGAGCGGGUGCCGCAUGUGCUGCUGGACGUGCGGCCGCAGGUGGAGGUGGAGAUCUGCCGCCUGGAGCACGCUGUGCACAUCCCGCUGAGGAAACUGGAGGAGAAGGACGAGGAAUCCCUGCAGCUUUUACAAAGAAGGAUUUCUGAAGAAAAGCAGAGAACUGGUGACCAAACUUCUGUCCCUGUAUAUGUUGUUUGCAAGUUAGGAAAUGAUUCCCAGAAGGCUGUAAAAAUUCUGCAGGAGCUACCUGCCGAAGAAUUUGGUUCUGUGUUAGCUAAGGAUAUUAAAGGGGGGCUCAUGGCUUGGGCCACUAAAAUUGACUCAACAUUUCCUCAGUACUAGAAUUUUAAAUGGUGAAAAAUCCCACACAUUUUCAGAGUAACUUCUGUAGGGUUCCAUUUCCUCUGUGUAAUGGCUAUAUCACGUGGAAAAAACAGACAGAAAUACAAUACUGCUCUUGUAUGUUACCUUUUUUUUUCCCAAGAAAAAUGCCUAUUUUUGUAGCCACCUGAUUAUUUUUCUAAAAAUGUAAAUCUGUCCAUAAAAGUGGAAAGAAAUGUGUUCCGUGGUUAUGAUUUAUUAGUAAAAACUUGGCAUAACUACUGACUUGUGCACGUGAUGACUUGGAAUAUCUUAAUUAGCAAUUGUAACCUGGAAAAUGACAAAACACAGGAAUCACAUUUUUACUCAGUCUCCAAACUGCUUAAGAAAUUGAAACAGUGCAUGAAAUGAAUAAAAAAUAAUUAUGUUAAUCUCU